UCACAAUGUCGCCCUAAAAGUGCCGGCAUUUCCAGCUGAAAUUGGACGUAGAGGGUGCACCUUUGCGCAGAGGCUGGUUUAAUGCUGAGAGGCUCCUCUGGGUGCACAAAGACAGCGGCUCGCAGACGAACUUGUUCAGAGUGAGCCGGGGACGCUGGGAGGCGAAAUAAACAAUCUCCGGACGAGAAGUAGCCACAGCCGCGCAGUUUUACCUCUUCAAAACACACUAUCACACCACCCAUCCACCAAAUACAAGGUUACAGGUGUGUGCUGGUUGUGAACGUGUGGUGCCACAGGCCAGUCUUGGCAGCAUGGUGAAGGCCCAGAAGUCUACUGGGAGGAAGAGCUCUCACUGUCACCGCAGACAGGUCCCCCAGAGCGGUGGUCAGGCGGAGAUGGAGGAAGGCCAGCUCCAGUCAGACACCCAGCCUCCACCGCAGGAAGCAACCCCAGAAGGAGACCAGCCCUGUGAUCAAGCCCAACUCCAGACCCCUGCUUCAGCUGAGGCACCGUCGGGGGACUUGGACCCGGAGGAAUCUCCGAUAGACGUCCAGGAAAAGGACGACUCUUCUGCCCAGGCCAAGCCUCUGUGGAAGCCCAUUCCCCCUCUGCUGCCUGAAAACCAAACUGAGACCAGGGACCAGAGCUGCCAGACUGAGGAGCGGCUUCAGCAGACCAGCGCCGGCAGCCAUGGUCACAAUACAGGUGUCUGUGUGGAGCCUGGAGAUCCACCUCUGCUCCAGCAGCCUCUGCAGACCUCCAAGUCUGGGAUUCAGCAGAUAAUUGAAUGCUUCCGUUCAGGCACCAGCCAGCUGAAACACAUGCUGCUGAGGGAAGUGGACACCAUCUUCGAGUGUAAACUGUGCCGCAGUCUAUUCAGAGGUCUGCCCAACCUCAUCACACAUAAAGAGUACUACUGCCUAUCACGGCUGCCUGAACCCGACGGUUCAUCGGGUGAUGACAGACAGAGUGUAGCCAUGAAGGAUUUAUUGGACGCCAUAUAUCCCAAAGUCGACCGGCCAGACUACGUUGUACGACUGGAGCCCAUUCAGACCACUACCAAGGCCGUGUUCCAGUACCUCACCACAGAGGAGGAGCUGGCGAGAUAUCCAUCGCACACACCCAGUGCCAGAGAGAGUCCGGUAGCAUGGGAAGGAGAACCAAUGGAGGGUGUGGACAACAACCAGCCGAGCCAGCCGGGAGGGCCAGAGAGCCACAACAGCCCGGGACACAAUCAAGGACAGAGGAGAUGGGAGGCUGAGGAGGAGACUAAAGCGGAGCAGCCACAGCUUGAAGACGAGGGGUCCACUAGUGGGGUUGAGGAUGUUACAAUCUCCUGUUGUCUAUGCGGUCAGGACUUUAACUCUCGCCGCAGCAUCAGACGUCACUGCCGAAAAAUGCACCAGACCAAACUGGAAGAGCUCCGAAAGUUCACAGAGACGCGUACAGUUCCCACAAGCCUUCUCUCUAUGGUGAAAGGACGGCCAAGGACUCUCAGCACACCUACUGGAAAAUCCUGCCCAGUGUGCCUCAAAAGCUUUGCUACUAAAGCCAACGUACGCCGUCAUUUCGACGAGGUGCAUCGCGGUCUACGGAGGGACACCAUCACGCCCAGCAUCGCCUCGCGGCCCGGCCAGCCCUUCUCUCUGGAGGUCACACCCCCCAGGAAGAGCAACAAUUCCUCUCCAACACGUGGCAACAGCUCCAAGUCCACCCCUGUGAACUCUAAAACAACGCCUUCAAACCAAAACCAGCCUAAACCUCAGAGUCCGCUCCCAGCCUCUCCGCAGGCGACCCCGGCCUCAUGUCGCUGCACGCUCUGCAAGAGGAACUACAGCUCUCAGCUCAUGUUGAAGAGACACAUGCGUAUUGUCCACAAAAUAUAUAGCAUCAAAAGUAACAGGCCUGCCACCACGCCCACCUCCUCUACUCCAGCAGCCACUCCUAACAGUAGCAGCGCUACUGUAGUCCAAAGCAACAAUAUCCGAGUGAAAGAGGAAGCAGUAGAACCUUCAGAUGAAGAUGAGGAAGAGGACAUCGACAGUAGCCCUGCCCCGUCUCCUAGUGACAGCACCGGGACAACAACUAAAGCUAUUCCUGUGGCACAAAACACCAUGAAGGUGAAGGAAGAGGAGGCCCCGUCGAGCCCAAAGAUGACAUCGUCCUUACCAUCAUCGGCUUCACGUGGGGGCAACACGUGCGGCGGGGCCGUGCCCGCCAAAAUGACCAAACUGUCAGUGGGUUUUGACUUCAAGCAGCUCUUCUGCAAGCUGUGCAAGCGACAGUUCAGCUCACGUCAGAACUUAACAAAGCACAUUGAGCUUCACACAGAUGGCAACGACAUCUUCAUUAAGUUCUACCGCUGCCCCCUCUGUCGCUACGAGUCUCGUCGCAAACGUGACGUCCUGCGUCAUGUCACCGUGGUCCACAAGAAGUCCUCCGCAUACCUCGCCAAGAUCAUGCCCAAACUGGAGAGCCGGGCGGUGAAGAGGCUAGCCGAGGUCGUCCUCAACAGCACAAACCCCACCAAGAGGACAAGCAGCAACAUCAAAGAGGAGGUGAACGGACGCCACGCUUCUUCGCCGCCCUCCUCCUCCCCUUCACCUCCUGUCACUCGCAAGCAAGAGUGCUCCACAGCUCCCCCAAGCACCACAUCAGCCUCCUCCUCCUCCUCCUCCUCCUCUUCCUCUGCCCCGCCCCCUGCCCCCAUUACUCGGAAGCAGCAGGAUGUCUCAACGCCGGCGCUCGCUCCUUCCCCUCCCGUCACCCGUAAGCAGGAGAGACAGCAGACCCACCAGCAUCGCUCCAUCAGCCCCCCACUGACCCGCCGCAGUGAAAAACACACACACCAACGCAACUCCUCCUCCACCACCUCGCCCAGCAACCAAACCCCACACACCCGACGGCACGACGCCCAGUCAGAGAGCAGCGGUACGGGGUCGACCUCCACUGAAGUCAGAGUCACCAAGAAUUUCUCCCUCCACGCCUGCGACCAGUGUGGACGGGCCUUUGCCAAGAAGCUGUACCUGGAGUCUCAUAAGCGAAGUCAUCGUAACGCAGCAACGGCAGGGGCCAACAGGAGGAAAGGAGUCAGCACCCGCUCCAAAUCCCUGGCCUGGUGAAACCCACACUUCCGCCGGGGAUAAUGGACGAGCGAACCGCUAACAACGAAGAAACGAAUCAAAACUUUCAAUUGGGAAAAAUAAUGAACGGAUGGAAGGAGCACAGAGCAGAGAUGAAGGAACAAACAAAAGGAACAAUGGAAAACGAUAGACGAGUGAAGUACUGAGGAUUCCCACCUUUUGCUUUAGAACCAAAUAUAUUGUUGGAAUCUGACUUUUUUUUUUGUUGUUGCAUAGUUUCAUUAUGAAGCCAGCCAGCUUGCUGGACGGUGGCGCUGCUAUCGAUGGAGAGACCGUAGUGAAUAGAUUCACUACACCUGUAUAUAUCUGUAUUUACUUACAGCAGUAUCUAAAUAUAGAUCCAUAUGCAGCUGACUGAUUCGUACUGCUUUGCUCUCGGUAAACUGCCUUUAGCAAAAGGAUGAAGGUCGACUAUGACAGUGUGUGUGUGUGUGUGUGCGUGUGCGUGUGCGUGUGCGUGUGCGGUGUGUGUGUGUGUGUGUGUGUGUGUGUGUGUGUGUGUGGAGACAUUGAAAGAGGGAGGGAAUCAGAACUGGAUCGUGGCCUCCACAGAAAAUAGACUGGAAACAAAAACUGAUUUUUUUUCUCUCUUUUGUUCCCCUUUGCCUAAACCCUGCAGUCCCACACAGAUACAGAAAACCUAUUUUGAGUCCUUAAAAUCAGUUUUCCUUUUCUCUGUACCUUUUUAUAAUGUAUACUACUUCAUUUAUUCAAGACUAUUUGCUCAACAUUACGACAGAUCAACAGAAAAUACAGUUUUUCCCCCUUUCCCCGACGACAGGAGCACUGCUGUGUCCUGCUAUCUAACAGAGAUAUGCCAUACCCAAAGUGUUUCCCCCUGUAAGUCUUCUGCUCACCUAAGAGUUGAAAAGGAUAUUAUUUUCAUGUAAAUGUUGCUACUGAGAAGCAAACAGAUGAUGGGUCAGAAUUCCAGCUGUAAUAUUCUUCAUGAAAACAGCCCAUAGUCGGAUUUGGUAACGUGUUGUUACAGCAGCUCGAGUCUUGUUUUAGAAGAUGAAAUGCUCAUUAAUUACAUGUAUGGUCAAAGUAGGGGAAAGUAUUUUUUUUGCAGUUUUUCUUUAAAAUUGUGUGUGCGCUUAUUUUUUUAAAACCUCCUCUUAUAAAUGUAUAGUUAUUUUCUGCCUUUUUGUUGUUGAACUGCAUGUGAGAAACUUUUGUGAAGGGUUUCCUUUACUUUGACCGUACCCUGUUUUACCUCCAUAUAUUAGUCACUUUAUUAGUCCCAGUAAUGGUUCUCUUCUAACUGGGUUACGUGAAGCAAGGGUUCAAUAAGACAUCAGUUUGUGACACAAGAUUUAGGGAGGGAGUUUUGUUUUCAGCUCAACACAGAAACACACAGAUACAAACACAGAAACAUACAGACCUGAGGGAGUAAGGUUCUAAAACGAGGCAACCAUUUAGGUUCAAAUGUCACAACAAUGCCCUUAAGUGGCACUAAUUAUGACCAUAUGAAACAAUACAAGGUGAUACAAUAAUCAUUUAAGAAAUUUAGAGAUGCUUAAUAGAUAUUAAAUCACAUUGGAAUCAAUUUUCUUCCAAAUAUGGAUUAUUUCUGAAUUUAACAGCUGGGACUGUUAAUGCUGAGGUGUGCUACCACGGGCACAACUAUCAAAUUAACACCACCAUCACCCCCUACAAGUUGAAUCACUUGUGUUAAUGUGCGAGAAUUUAAUUAAUAGUGAGCAGGAAAAACCGACUAAUAACACGUUUUACUGUCAACUAACGUGUGUUUGAAUGCACAGCCAUACUGCUUAACAUAUUAGAAACCAUUAACUGGAAGUUAAUUUUUUAUGUAUACUGACACUAAGCAAAAACAAAAUCACAGUGUUACUCCGCUGCAACAUCCCACAUAUUGCUUUAAUCCUUUUGGCCACAUUAGAAUCACUCCUCAAACCCAGAGGGGCAACAGUGCAGCAUCACUGCAGAGUGGGUGAGUAGACAUCUCUCAGCUAUAGUGCCUAAGCAGCAGGUGUAACAGGUCUGAAUUGACAACCAGCUGUUUGGGAAUCUACCGUUUGUGGUGCUAAUCCUGAUUAUAACGGGCCAAAAUGUGAGCGCUGUAAACAUGAGAGAGACGAAAAGCAACAUGCUCUGGUAAGCUAAACAGUUCAAUUCUCUCUUUAUCUUAAACUUUUUGUUCCAUUAACAAACAAAAGUUAAAAAAAAGAUGCUGGGGCUCAUUCAAAUAAACUUUGUGAACUUUUUUCUUUUCAACCUUAACUGCUGCAUCAGUUCCAUUCAAAAUGUGCUUUCAUGUACUCAGAGUUAAAGGGGUGGGGGGCUGCAUUUGUUUUAAUGACAGCAACGGCACCCAGAGGUAGUCUUUGAAACACUGGCACAUGAGUUGGGAGCGAAGGAUUGAGGAAGACCAAAUGUAGAUAUGUCUUAAUGUUCAAACAGAAAGCCAUGAAAUGGAACAAAAUGAGAAAAAAGGAAAGACCAAACUUUAUUUUUAUAACUGAAAAAUGCUACUGCAACAAGGUCUUGAAAACAUGUAUAUAUGGAUCCAUCCUACACGGAUGGUAUAAAUAAUAGUUAUAAUAGUCACAAUAGUUAUUGACUUGUACUUAACUGUUGGUUGACCAUAUGCUUCAAUGUCUGACUAGUUACUACGCUGUCACUGAGGCAAGUUUGCGAUGUUCCACAAUUAGUUGUCUUUGUUUUUGUUUUUUGCAUCUCAUUCCUUUUUGAAGGAGGUUUUUGUUGGACUGUGACAAGAAGAGAACAGGAAUCAAUCCUCAAGAGACUCUUAGACUCUUUUUUUUUUUUUUUUAAUCUUGUCAUCUCUUUCAUCAUCAGUUGUAAUAUGUUAUUAAGCUCACCUUCUAGAGAAUCUGAGAAGAGUUAGUGAAGCAUUUCAGAUGUGACAAGAAUGUUAAAACCAACCACUUAAUAAAUAAAAAUGUACUGCUUCAAACCUC